AUGGCUGCUUUCACUCUCACAUUUGCUCCCUCUACCCGCUCCUUCGGCCGCAGUGGCUAUAACAAGGACGGUGACGACUCUGACACCAAGCCCACAAACAGCCGUGGCCGAUCUGGCUACAAUGAGCCUGAGGAGGGUGACUCUGGUCGUUCUGGCUACAACGGCCCUGACGACGACGAGAGCUCUCAGGGCAACAAGGGCCGCUCUGGCUACAAUGGCCCCAGCGACGAUGAUGAUGAGUAA